UUUAUUCCUUAAAAUCCAUUCGAAAUUCAGAUUUCGUGAAUCAAGUGCUUAUAAAGAGAAGCAAGUGCCACCAAGUGUAACAACUGCAACCGUUACUGAUUUGGAACCAUUUCAACUUUAUGAAAUUUCUGUAUUGGCUAUCAAUGCGAUUGGACGUGGCAUUGCGACAAUGCCUAAAGAAGUUCAAACAGAUGAAUUCGCGCCGACUACUCCACCUCAACGAGUACAAGCUCGAGCUUUGAAUAGAAAUUCUAUUUUAGUACGGUGGGAUCCGCCUGAAAAGCCCAAUGGCCAGAUUACGCUCGAAGUGAAAUCGGAUGAGCUUAUUACGACAUUACACGAUUUAGAGAUUGAGCAAACCUAUUAUAUUAGUGUUCAAGCGAAAAAUUCGAAAGGAUUGAGCCCAGCGUCUAAACUUGUCACUGUCAUCACUAAGCAUGGAAUACCAGGCCAACCAAUGAGUUUGGUCGCAAAACCGUUAGAUUCAAGAAGAAUUCACCUUAGCUGGGAAAAACCCAUACAUUCAUAUAACAUUAUUGGAUAUUCAGUGUGGUUCAAUAAUUCAGUUGGUGCUGCUCGACAACUCACCUUAACCAAUCCAGUUAAUAAGCACAUUAUUGACGGUCUUGAACCAAACACCAUCUAUUCAUUCAGAGUUGCUGCUCAAUCAUCGAGAGGUUUGGGUGCUUAUUGUGAGGAUGUUUAUGCGAAAACAUAUCCCAAUGUCCCAUCUGGAUCGCCAAAAAUCAGCAGUUUUGAAACGAUCUCAUCAAGAUCUAUCAUGAUUCAGUGGUCAACACCUAUUAUAGACAUACAAGAUGGAGACUUGAUUAAUUACAAGAUUAAAUGGCACCCUAUACCAGACAGCGAUUCUGCAGUUAAUACGACUGCUGAUAGUAGCGAUAACAAUGAGCUCUAUGACGACAGUAUAGAGAAUAAUAAGGAUCAUGAGUGGAAUGAGUUGGUUCGAGAUGCAACUUUGGGCAAUUCAGUCGUGUUAAAUGAUCUAAAGCCUUUCACGAGUUAUAAGAUAUUCGUUGCGGCUGGAAGUAAAGGAGGUUUUGGACCGUUAAGUCAACCACUAUACAUCAAAACUCCUGAAGAUGGUUAG